GCGGAGCCGGCCGGGCGGGGUGGCCGGGCUGGGCGCUGGGGCUCCGGCCGCGGGGCGGCGGGCCGCGAUGGGCGAGGGCGGGCUGCCCCCGGCCUUCCAGCUGCUGCUGCGCGCCUGCGACCAGGGCGACGCGGAGACGGCGCGCCGGCUGCUGGAACCCGGGGCGGGGGAGCCCGCGGAGCGCGGCGCGGAGCCCGAGGGGGGCGCGGAGGCGGCCGGGUCGCCGGUGCCGGUGGACUGCUCGGACGAGGCGGGCGACACGGCGCUGCAGUUCGCCGCGGCCGGGGGCCACGAGCCGCUGGUGCGCUUCCUGCUGCGCCGCGGCGCCUCGGUCAACAGCCGCAACCACUACGGCUGGAGCGCGCUCAUGCAGGCGGCCAGGUUUGGGCACGUGAGCGUGGCUCACCUCCUUUUGGAUCAUGGGGCCGACGUCAACGCCCAGAACCGACUGGGGGCUAGUGUGCUCGCCGUGGCCUCCCGGGGUGGCCACCUGGGUGUGGUGAAGCUACUGCUGGAAGCCGGCGCCUCUGUGGACCACCACCACCACCACCACCCCUCAGGCGAGCCGCCGGGAGCAGGGGACAGCAGGGAUGAGCUGCUGGACAUCACGGCCCUGAUGGCCGCUGUGCAGCACGGGCACGAGGCCGUGGUGCGUCUGCUAAUGGAAUGGGGAGCAGACCCUAACCGCGCGGCCCGGACGGUGGGCUGGAGCCCGCUCAUGCUGGCCGCACUCACUGGGAGGCUUGGUGUGGCCCAACAGCUGGUGGAGAGAGGGGGUAACCCAGACCACCUCAGUGUCCUGGAGAAGACCGCCUUCGAGGUCGCAAUUGACCGCAAGCACAGGGACCUCGCAGACUACCUGGACCCACUGACCACGGUCAGACCCAAGACGGAUGAGGAGAAAAGGAGACCUGAUAUUUUCCACGCGUUGAAAAUGGGCAAUUUCCAGCUGGUCAAAGAGAUUGCCGAUGAAGACCCCAACCAUGUGAACCUGGUCAACGGCGACGGGGCAACCCCACUGAUGUUGGCCGCAGUCACGGGGCAGCUGCCGCUGGUGCAGCUGCUGGUGGAGAGGCACGCGGAUGUUGACAGGCAGGACAGCAUCCAUGGCUGGACGGCCCUCAUGCAGGCCACCUACCACGGGAACAAAGAAAUCGUCAAAUAUCUGCUGAACCAAGGGGCGGAUGUCACUCUCCGUGCAAAGAACGGCUACACGGCCUUUGACCUGGUGAUGCUGCUGAGUGAUCCCGACACGGAACUGGUCCGACUGCUGGCAUCUGUCUGCAUGCAGGUGAAUAAAGACAAAGGCCGGCCCAGCCACCCACCACCUCUGCCCCACUCAAAGGUCCGACAGCCCUGGACUGUCCCAGUGCUGCCCGAUGACAAAGGCGGCCUCAAGGUUUGCCGUUUUCUCUCUUAA